GGGCAGAGGACUCGCCGUCCCAGACAUAAAUAUCCAAAAAGGAAAAGGGGAAAACUGUUCGUUGGGCAAUUUUCUAGACUGGAAAGGGAAUUUGGAUUUGGGACAGAAAAAUUCAGACCAGCCUUUAAUGGCGAAAGUUGCAGAGGAAGCAGAAACCGAGCCCACUUCACCCAGGCAGACACAAUCUUCUUCUUACAUGUUACUGCUAAGAAUUAUGAGCAAAAGGAGAACCUGGGUAUGUAUUUUCUUGCUUGUCUAUGGCACCCUUUUGACUUGUUCUUGGAAUUUCCUCAAAUCCAUGCUGUCUUGGUACAAUUUACAAGCUCAAUCAUCUGCCUCAUCUGGUUGGCCUGCCCUGUAUGUUUCGGUGCUUCUUGGGUUUGUGUUUGGGGUGCUUUCGAUGUUCGCGGCUCUGCUUGUGGUGGUUCCGGCGGUUCUGGUGACGUGGAUCACCAUCAUCGUUUUACUGGCUCUCUUUGGGAAGCCUCGGAGGACUUUGGUGGUGGAAGGCAGGAAGAUUACGAGGGAAAUUUUUAGUUUUGUGAUUAAGAUUUUGUUCAAGGAAGGGAAUGCUGUGGCUGCUUUAUGUGCUGUUUUAGGGUAUUUUGCUCUGGUCAGAAGGAAUACUACUGAAGGUGGCACUCUUGACACAAUUGGGUGAUGGAUUUGAUGUUCGAUGGGUUUGAUAGGUCUCAGUAUGAAGAGGUUGAUGUUAUGAGUUUUGGGCUUAGGUAGCUAAAGUUGUAACUAAGAAGGAAGGUUGGUGAAUGCUAGUGUAUUAUGCUUUGGAAAUUCAUCAAUUACACGGUGUCUUAUCUUUUGGGUUUCUGUUUACGAUAGGCUCUGGUUCUAUUUAUAUCUUCUGCAUAUAAGUUGUUUUGCAGUGUUUGUUAACUCAACCUGGCUAUUAUGCCUCAUCGUUAUCGUAUGUGUGACUUGUACAGUAAAUUUAUGUAGUUUAAGGCUUUGAGACUGGGAGAGGACAAGUUUAAGGGAUUGGAGUUAAUCAGUACGCAAAGGAAAGUUGAAUAUUUGAUAUACA